GUUGCAGAAGAAGAAAGUGAUGCUGCUUAUUUCGGACUUGACUUUGUUGGACGACGAUAUAUUUACCCUUAACAGCAUCUACACUGUUGAAUUCCAAACCUACUACGAAAUUAUGUGGGUUCCUAUUGCGGAUGUAAAAGAUGAUGAACAGUUCCAAAAGAAGAGAUCGAAGAUGCCCUGGUACUCGUCCAAAUCCGUUGUCAGCAAGGCAGCAGCAAGAUUCAUCAAGAAGUAUUGGCCAUUUAAGCAGCAGACUAAGGUUGUCGUGUUGAACCAAGAGGGGGAGGUGGUGAAUAAGGAUGCAAUGACUAUGAUACGCCUUUGGCGAGCUGAAGCCUUUCCAUUCACGCCGGAGAGGGGCUGCGAGCUCUGGGACAAGCACAGUAGCAACUGGCUCAAGCUUUUGGUGGAAACCACGGUCUCCCAAUCUAUGUCACAAAGCUGGGAAACGAAGCAGCUUAUUUUCUUGUACUGCUCGGCUGAAGAUUCCAAGACUGUCGAGCAGAUUGAUGACGUCCUGAAAAGUAAAUGUGACACCUUCAAAUUCACGUACUCAAACGUCAAGACCAAGAGAAAGCAAUUCCUAUCCUGCCUCAAGAACUGCAUAUCCUGGAAGAUGCAGGUGAAUAAGGGGAUGACCGAUUCCCAGACGCUGCAGCUGCUCGAGCUCUACAACAGGUACAAGCAGCAAAGCGGGUUCGCCAUCGUCACGAGGGGGUCGAGCGUGCUCGUCAACACUAGUCUCUCGGAUCUCUGCAAAGUUCUGUCGGAACACACACAGUGGAUCACUAAGAAGACUACCAGAGACAAUUUUGACACCCACUUCCAAGAGUACUACAAGAAGGUCAUUGUCAUGCCAAAAUACUCACACUUCUCCAUCCCUAUCAUGGACGGCGACAUACCGGAGUGCAUCAAGUGCCCCAUUGGCGAUUGCGGUCGAGACAUGGAGAUCAUAGUCACCUUCAAGUGCUGCCACGAUAAGCAUUGACCAGCCAAUAAGGCCAUCGAGCCCAAAGCCAUCGUUUGGCUCUCCAGGAUAAACACGGACUGCUCAGCUAAGUCGCGUUUUCACGUCGUUUCUUUCCUUUCCAGUUUGAUGUGGCUUUCCAUUACGUGUGGUUGGAUUAUGUAACAAGGCUGUGCGCGUGGUGCGCACACCUCGAUUUACCGCGCUUGCGGACAACGUGUGCAAUGAAUAAAAGAUUUUUAUCAUUUUUAACAGGGUUGUGUGUGUAAUGUGUAAAACUC